CCUGUUUGGUGCUUGCUAUAGCACUAUAUUUCGCGUACAGACAAGGCGACCCAAUGCAUAACGUGUUACAGGGACACACAGACGAAGAAUAUGAUUAUAUUAUAGUCGGAGCCGGGUCAGCUGGUUCAGUGGUUGCGGCAAGGCUAGCCGAAUACCCCGAUAACAAGAUAUUGCUAUUAGGAGCAGGCGGGCAUUAUUCGGAAAGGCCUAGCUUUUUUCAGAGUCCCUUAAUGUGGGCCAUGUCUCUGAAGACUGAAUACGAUUGGGAGUACUACACAGAACCACAGAAAAAAUCCUAGUUUCGGUUUGAAGGGCCACAGAAGCUAUUGGCCAAGAGGGCGCGUUUUAGGCGGGACAAGUUGCAUAAAUGGCGUCUAAUACACAAGGGGAAGCUCAUUUGAUUUUGACGAAUGGGAGGCGGCUGGAUGUACAGGGUGGGGCUAUAAGGAAGUGCUCCCCUAUUUCCUGAAAUCCGAAGACAUACACAUUGAAAGCUUGAAAUCCUCUCCGUACCAUAGCCAGGGAGGGCCCAUUGCCGUAUCGUACGGUUACGUGACCGAGCUUAAUGACCACAUUUUAAAGGCUGGACAACGACUUGGAUAUGACGUCACUGAUUAUAACGGAAAAGAUCAGCAUUGGUUCAGCACUUUGCCCAAAUCUCUUCGAGAUGGUGUAAGAAGCAGCACUGGAUUGGAAUACAUUGGUAAAAAAACAAAUGAGAAAUUUGCACGUUUCACUGCAAAGUUUUGCAACGAAAGUUCAAAUCGACGAAAGCGAUAAAACAGCAAAAGGCGUUUAUUAUAUCAAGGACGGCAGAAAACACUACGUAAAAGCAAGGCGUGAGAUUAUUCUUUCUGGCGGAACAAUAAAUACUCCUCAACUGCUUUUGUUAUCCGGUAUAGGGCCCAGUAGCCACCUCAAAGAAAAGAAUAUUCCAGUAAUAGCUGAUUUACCUGUAGGACAGAAUUUACAAGACCAUUUGUAUAUACCACUGUUGUCACAUAUCAACCAAAGUUUGAGCAUUACCAGAGAUGGCGUCGAAAGCUACUGGAUGAAACUCCUUUACGCGCUACUGGGAAAAGGUAUAUAUUCUACUUCUUCGCUAGACACUUCAGCGUUUCUGCAUUUAGAGAAGGCUAACGUUGGAAAGAGGUAUCCGGAUAUUCAAAUGAUCUUUUUCGCAACAUUGUUUUCAGUAAACGUGUUAAAUUAUGAAGGUCACAUAGCGAGUGCGCUGCUGAAUAGUGACGCAAACCAGCACGGCUUUACAACUGCUCUAUGUCUUACGAGACCGUUCAGUCGGGGGCAAAUUACACUGAAAAGUAACGAUCCGUUCGACCAUCCGACUAUUGACCCGAAAUUCUUAGAGGACGAAAGAGAUGUGAAAACUCUGAUUGGAGGAAUCCGUAUAUGGGAGAAGCUAAUGGAGACACCAGAUAUGAAGGCACUGGGCGUUGAUAUCGACCGGAUGAAGAUGCCCUUCUGUUCGAAUCACAAGUUCCGCUCUGAUGAGUACUGGGAAUGUCUCAUACGUCACAUCGGGAUCACCGAGUAUCACCAUUCUGGAACUUGCAAGAUGGGACCGAUAGAUGAUCCUAGAACAGUGGUUGACCCUGAGUUGAGGGUCAAAGGAAUUAAAAGUCUUCGUGUUGCGGACGCGUCUGUGUUUCCAAAUGUUACUUCUGGCAAUACAAAUGCUCCAUCCAUUAUGGUGGGAGAAAAGGCAGCAGAUUUGAUCAGAGGAAAAGACACAGUUUCUGAAUUUCGCAGAAAUAUUUGAUAUAUUUUUGUACUGUACCGAGAUCAAAGUUUAUAUAAAGUGAUGUACACACGCUGUUUUGCCAAUUAUAAGUGUUUUGAAGCACACCGUGCAAUCGACUAACGCAUCGUCUGUGGUUCAUCCAUCGGCUGCGACACUGUAUACAUGUCGGUUUAAAGCGUAGUGUAAGCUUUUCCAUAUUCUACAUUUUUUCACAUUCUAACGGAUUUCUUUAAAAGCAAGCAGCUAGGAAGAUAGGGAUUACGUUCACAAAGUCCUUCUUACUUAGGCUCUCAAAGAACACACGCAAACCUGCUCAAUUCAAUACGUAAAAUACACUACGCUUUUAACCUGCAUGUAUACAGUGUCGCAGCCGAUGGAUGAACCACAGACGAUGCGUUAGUCGAUUGCAGUCCGCACAGGCUAAUCAUGGACGACAUUUUCCGCAUAAACUGGAUUUUUGCGAAGAAGAGACUAUUAUGAAACGAAAAAUAUCAUAAAAGCGGAAAGUGUCGUCCCUGAUUAGCCUGUGCGGACUGCACAGUCUCAUCUGGGACGGCACUAUACGCACAUGCAUUAAACCCCCUUUUCACAGAGCGCGGUCCAUAUGAUCAUUUAGCGGACCAGUAAAAUACAGCAGAGAGAGGCCACACAUACACGCCUUUAAGAUUGUCAAUGGCUAAAAUUGUUUAUUGUGUUUCUACAUGUUGUUCGUCAAUCAGUGUUUAAUACGUGUAUUAUUUCAACUGAGGUACUUUAUUCCUUCACAUCGAAAUAUUUUAGUCAAUAUGCAUUAAUUACAUUGUGUUAACACUUAUAAGAGCAGUAACAUUAGUUCCGAAGUACAUUCUAUUAUAUCAUAUGUCUCAAGAAAUUUAAAUAAUUUAAUAUUUCCACUUGCCGAAAUCUCAAUCGAUCUGCAGCGAUGUGUGAAUACACAGGGUCAUUUUGUCAUACACCAAGUGGGAAAUUAAAAAAAAAUUGAAAAGUUCUUUUAAAAUGGCAAAGCAAUAGUAGAUUGGUACAUAAUUAAUGAGAUGAUGUAUUAAGAACAUACAAACAAUUCGUAAUUUAGCAUGUUUAUUAAGAUGCUAUUGUGUAUGUACAUUAAAACAUUCACUUUUGUUUUCCAAUUUUAACAUUCUGUUAAACACUUGCUUAAGUUCAUAUUAAUUUCGAAUAAAGAUAGACUACUAAUC